AUGAAUUUGAUUUACUUUUUCUUCAUCAUUUCACUUGGUCAAUGUCUUAGGAAAGAAGAAAGAAUUGAAGGAACAAUAAUUGUCUCAUCCAAAUGGAAUGAAGAAAUAAAACAAAUUCUUCAAACGUCUUCAUUUGAGAUAGGAAUACAAAAUAAUGAACAAUGUAUCCAAGAACUUAAAAAUAUUAAGAAAUAUAUCUCAACUCAAAACGAAACACUCAUUUCGUUUCAAGAAAUUAAAGAGGAACCACUUAACACCAUAAUCAACCAAAACAAAGGAAUAAAAGAAAUUAUUGAACGUUUUACUUCGAAUGUUACAUUCUCUUCUUUAAAACAAUUAAUCUUCUCACAAAAAAGAUUUAAAGAGAAAGCAGAGUUACAACAAUUUUAUUUAUUUUUAAUCCAGUCAAUUCUUCCUAGAGAAGAUAUUAUUAAAUACCUUAGUCCUUUUAUUCAAUACUUUAAAGAAAUUACAUUUUUAUGUAAGGAUAUAUAUUGUUCAAUGUCAAAUAAAAAGAACAAUCACUUUGUCAUUGCAAACGAAGAGAUAAUUUUGUUUCUUCAGUUACUCCUUGAAAAAGAACAAUUAGAAUUUCCAACACCAACAACUUAUCUUGAAUUUAUUAUUACCAAAAGAGAAAACGUUUCAUUUAUUAAAGUAAAGAUGAACAAUUCUCUUAUUCUUAUUGGUCCCAAUCAUCAACGCUCUUAUGAACUUACUUAUUUUCUUCAAUUAAUUGAAUAG